AUGGGCUCAAAAAUUCUCCUUCUCAUGGGACUUGCGUUAGUCUUGCUCAAUCCAGCUGCUUCUCUGCCCUUCGAGAUAGCCAACAACGACCACUCUUUGAGCAUCUCGACUGGUGAUAUAGCUAAUCUAGAUAUCACAAACUCUACACUCUUAGACAGUAACGGACAAUAUUUUACGAAUCUUACAAAACCUGAGACCUGGUCCACCUGCUAUGCAGCAGACGAUCCCGAUUUCACCCCCACAAUCCCGGGAUUCGACUACCAAACCUGCAAUCAGAGGCUAUACGAGAUAGCUGGCCAUCUGAAGUACGAUCAAGUCGAGCAGUGGUGGAGCGAAGGCGGUAAACCUUCGCCGCAAUACCCGUCAUCUCAGGUCGCUGGGAUCAGUCGGCGCCAAGAUGGAUGCUCUCUGCUCGUGAUCUCCUCUCUUGUCCUGGAUCAAUUGGUCAAGCAGGUUCCACGAGGACCGUUUGGACUUCCAAUUGAAUGGAAAGUAGACUGGGGCCCAAGACGUGGCAAGUAUAUUGAGAGGAAUAUUGAUUCGGCGCGCUGGGGAGAUGUCAUUGAUGGAUUUCAAAACGUUCUUGAGUGCGUGAAUGAUGGACUUUCAGGACAUAAGAUUAUAGGUGCGUACGCAAACCUGUGUUUGAGUCUUACAGCCUUCGUAAUGUGA